AUGUCCUACUACGAUGUCGACGCCAUCUUGACAGACGGGGAGAAAGUGCCCUGCACAUUCGAACUCGAAGUGCCCUACCUGGGCCACCUCAACAACGCGCCCUCGCAAGUCCUCAAACCCGGCACCCCGUUGACCCUGCCUCUCUGGCUCGCCGAACUUCUCGCGCUCGCGUCAUCAGGCGAUUCCUCCCCCCCGCUCACCCUCAACAUUCCCCCGUGCCUGGGAACGGCUGUGCUGUCCGCGCUCAAGGCCGAUCCGCGGGCGGUCCCACUGCGAGACCAGUCUGUGCACCUGUACGGUGUCGGCGUGCGCAUGCUCGAUCUGUUUGACGAGAAAGAAUUGAGUGAGGUGCUGCGGCGGACGUGGACUGUCAGAGCAGGCGACGUCGGUCUCCACGCGAGGAAAGCGGAUGAGGGCGGUCUGGGUGGACAGCAGGAGGAGUUCCUCCGAGGCUUGGAGGAAUGGGAAAGGAAGCUGUUCAGAAGAGCCCAUGAAGGCGUCAAAGGAGCGAAGGAGUGGACCGAGAGGGUGAAGAAAUAA